AGAGGAGGAGGAGGAGGAGGAAGGGGAGGGGGGAUCUUCUCGGCGAGGAUGCCCGGAGCGGCUGCAGGGACGGCGGCGACAGGAGCAGGCUCGUCAGGAGCGGCAGCAGCGGGGAUGCUCCCAGCUCAGGAGGCGGCCAAGAUCUACCACACCAACUACGUGCGGAACUCGCGGGCCAUCGGCGUGCUCUGGGCCAUCUUCACCAUCUGCUUUGCCAUCGUCAACGUGGUGUGUUUCAUCCAGCCUUACUGGAUCGGGGACGGCGUGGACACCCCGCAGGCGGGCUACUUCGGGCUCUUCCACUACUGCAUCGGCAACGGCUUCAGCCGGGAACUCACCUGCCGGGGCAGCUUCACGGACUUCUCCAGCCUGCCCUCGGGAGCCUUCAAAGCCGCUUCCUUCUUCAUCGGGCUCUCGAUGAUGCUCAUCAUCGCCUGCAUCGUCUGCUUCAUCCUCUUCUUCUUCUGCAACACAGCCACCGUCUACAAGAUCUGUGCCUGGAUGCAGCUGACCUCGGCUGCCUGUCUCGUCCUGGGUUGUAUGAUUUUUCCUGAUGGCUGGGAUUCAGAUGAGGUAAAACGGAUGUGUGGUGAAAAGACAGACAAGUACACGCUGGGGGCUUGUUCAGUCCGCUGGGCAUAUAUCCUGGCAAUUAUUGGAAUCUUGGAUGCCCUGAUCCUCUCAUUUCUGGCAUUUGUGCUUGGCAACAGACAAGACAGCUUGCUAGCAGAAGAGCUCAAGUUGGAAAACAAAGAUGAUGGAAAUGCUUAAAACAAGUUAAGGUAGUAUGACACAGACUAAUUCCUACUAAGCCAAUCCUCACUAGAAUGAGCACAAAACAAAAUGAAUAACAGCUUUUGUACAUCAACAUUAAAAUGGGAAGAAGCUUGGGAAAGGGCCUCCGACAGAGAAGAACGCUGAUGAGUGCAAAAAUGCCUGAUGGGUGAGCGCCACCUUCUAAAUAUAGAUCAGCCAGACGUGGAAGUGAUUUUCAGAAGAGAAAUGCAAUCAUGGAUUACACACCAGCUCAUUAGAAACUGUUGCUGAAUACAGCAUCCAGAAGACAUGCAUGAAAAGUCACAUUUGGGGAAUAAAUUAAAAGGGGUGUAGUUGUUGCUAGAUAAACAUAUGUAAUAUAUAUGCAUUGAAGAGGUUUGUAAAUGUCAUUUUUUUAUUCAGAUGGAAAGCAAAAAGCUUUAAAACCUUUCACAGUAGAGAGGCAGUUAACUCCAGACUAUUCCUAUCCCAGUAGCCAAGAAGCAGAUAGGACAUCUCUCUUAAAUUAGCAUUUAUAAAUAAACUUUCUGAAUGUUUCCAUCACAUAGAGUGAAAAUCAUAACUUUUACUGCUGCAUUGCUGCACUUCAUCUACUUCACUGUAUAAUAAGUUGACUAAAACUGUAAAGCUUCUCAAUUUUUGCUGCAUAUGUGUUCCAAUUAAUCUAUGUCUGUAACAAACUUGAGACUGAAAAAUAAUUUCUGACCUAUAUUCUAGUUCUGUGAAGCAUAUAUACUAUAAGGUAUGUCUGAAUAUCAUGAUACUAUAAUUUCCCAAAACACAUAGAAUUGUUUGUAUUUGAAGUGACAAAAUAAAAGCACUGAUUUCUUUUUCUAACAGGAGAAAGUAAUUUACCCCUUAAAUGUAACAUGCAGCUGCUCACUGCAACGGCAUUUCUAUUCUUUUCCUUGUCCUGCCAUGUAACCACUGAGUGACAUUCUCUGGCCCAUGCUAAUGCCAAUCAGAUGAAGUGAUCCAAUGGUCCCUUUUGGCCUUAAUCUCAAUACAUGAAUUAAAAGA